GCUGGGCUCGGCUGGUGCGUAGUUGAAGCCACGCUGGGUGCACGGCAGAGGAGAACGCUUCUGCACUUUCCAGUGGAGAUUGUGACAAUUUCCUUGACGAAAGACACACAUAAUCUAUAUAUUUUUAAACGUUUUUUUUACCAUUGCUUAAGAAUGGGCGUUGAAAUCGAGACCAUAUCUCCUGGAGACGGCAGUACAUUUCCAAAAAAAGGACAGACGUGUGUUGUUCACUAUAUAGGAAUACUCCAGGAUGGAAAGAAGUUCGACUCUUCCAGAGACAGAAACAAGCCUUUCAAGUUCAAAAUUGGCAAACAUGAAGUAAUUAAAGGCUGGGAAGACGGUGUAGCACAGAUGAGUUUGGGGCAAAGGGCAAAACUGACCUGUACCCCUGACGUGGCAUAUGGUGCAACAGGCCACCCCGGAGUCAUCCCAGCCAAUGCCACUCUGAUCUUUGACGUAGAGCUGCUGAAGUUGGAGUGACAAAGUCCUUCAUUGAGAUUUAACUGCAAGGGAUGACAUAGGGAGUUCUGGGUUUCAGUAUUGUGGAAUAGAUCUUCAGUAGCUCAAGAAGCCAGUUAGAAGAAUUUUAUGAUAUUGAUUAAAAGAUCCAAUCCUACCUUCCUAUCUACAUCCUGUUUGUUUUUCUCUCGAUAUUUAGAAUUGUUAGUUUUGACUGCCUGUGUUGUUCAUUUGUAGAUCCUGUUCUUAUGAGAUUCAUAUUUAAAUUUUUAUUGAUUUCUGGUCUGUUUAAUUGCAUGAAAUAUUUAAUGAAUUCAAAUAAUAUCAAAUUAUUUGAUAAAGUAGACCUGACUGGGAGCUAAUCUAAUUUUUGAAUAGCAAAGACAUUAAACAAAGGGCCUACUAAGAUUUUAUGAAAUUAUAGUAAAUGGUCAUUCAUAAGAAUCUACUGGACCUAUAUUACCAGUCUUACACUGAAGCAAGAACUUAUGUAAAACUUAAUUGCUUGUUUAAAUUAAAAAAUAUUGAUGUUCACCAUUAAAAUAUAGUCCCAGGCAAUUGUAUCUUCCUUUUUCUGAUGGGAAAAUAUCACCAUUGGAUGUUUGUAGUGAUAAGUUCUGGUAAAACCCCUUGAGCUUUGAAAUGCUACAUGUACAGACACUUCUAGAAUAAAACAAAAAUGAAACAUUGCAAACAGAUUUUACAAAUGUAUGUGUAGCUCAAGGAGUCUUAUGCAUUUAUCAAUCGGAAUUUAGUCAUUUUAAAUGCGAGGAUAAGACACUUGUGUUUUAUAAUAACAACAGAAAUGGUGGAAAAUCUCAGCAGGUCAAGCAUUCUUUUUUGUUGUUUGUAUUUCAGAUUUCCAGUAAUUUUUUUCAUACUUGUGCUUUUGUUGAAAUCAGUUUUGUCUGUUCUCAUUUAGGCUGUUGAAUGGAAAACCAAGUGAUAAUGACAUUUCACACAAUGCAGAAUUUGAAAUGCAGAAAAAUGACUUGCAUCAUCAAAUUUUACUUGUAACCUGCUCAAUCAUACUUCCAGACACCAUAGCAAAAGCUAGCCUCAACCUUCCUGACCUAAGGAAAUAGCAUGGAAAAAAACACCACAUCACAAUGAAGAGAAAAAAGAUUACAAGAACUUUAAACUGAUGAUAUAUUUUUUAAAAGCUAGAAACACUCAGCAGGCCAGGCAACAUCUGUGAAGAGAAAAAGAGAAUUACCAUUUGAGACCAACAUCUUUCAUCAGGAAUGGAUAAAGAUAGAGAUAAGACAACUUGGAAAUUGUAGGGAAAGAAUGUGGGAAGGAAGGAAACAAAAAAUGAUAGUGUGCAAACUACCAUCAUUAUUUUUGUCAUCUUCAUUGUGUUCAUUUCUGCUGAGUAUUUCCAGAAAUUCCUAGUUUAAUUUUGGAUUUGUAGCAUCGACAAUAUUUUGCUUGUGUACUUAUAUAAUUCAGUUUACAACACAUUUUGCAAGGUUAUAAUAAUAAAACUCUUCAUGUUUAAAGAA